AGUAAGCUCGAGAUGGACACUGCCCAGAAACGCAAGCCGAAAAGGCCUCACUACAUUCCCCGACCGCUGGGGAAGCCAUUCAAGUACCAGUGUUUCCAAUGUCCUUUCACCUGCAACGAGAAGUCCCACCUCUUUAACCACAUGAAAUACAACCUGUGUAAGAACUCCAUCUCCCUUAUGUCACAGAAAAUUAGUCAGAUGGCCCGACAGGUCAAGACAUCAGCAAAGACCGCCCCAGGAGGGCUUAAGGAGGGUCCAAUCUCGCCAGGAGUUAUAUCCAUCGGUCAGAGCCAACAGGAGGCAAAGGAGAACAAAGGUGAGGUUAGUGAUGGAACGGAAGAGGUUGAUGUUGGGUGCCAAAGUCCUAUCCAUGAGGGAGAGAAAAGGGAAGAGGAGGCUCCAGCAGCGGACAACCAGGACAGCAAUGACACCAAGUCAACGCCACGCCCAUCUGCCUUCUCCCUGGUCACGCCCAACCAUGACAAAGCCUUCAAGACAUCCGUGCAGCAGUCAGACCGUCCACAAAUUCCUCAUUUCAAUCGCCCAGCAUUCCCAUGGACUUUUAAGUCAUUCCCCACUCCCAUGGGUCCCGAAUACUCUCCUUAUCUCCUGCCUGACCGGCCUUUCUCCUUGCCAUACUACCACACUGCAAGCCAAAAUGCAAAUGAGCCGAAUUCUUCUUUCCGGGUAGAGGUUCCAGUUUCCCAAAGGCCAGUGGUACCACACGCCAUCGCUCCACCGCAUCCUGCUUCACUCUUCCCACCUUACCCAUACAGAUACUGCCACCCAAUCCACCCCUUUCAUUACAGCUUGUACAGACCCCAUGAGCUCUCCACGCCCAUCACAGCAUCACGAUAUCUUCCUAUGGACUGGGACAGACCAACCCUCGGGUCUAAAGAUUACCAUUUUUACAUGCAAUCUCAUCCCAGUCAUUUCAACGCCGCCGAACAAGAGCAGCUGGGACACAGGCAAAGUGGAGACAAGGCAACCAGGCUGAGCCCAAAGGAGGGCUGUUCAGCUUUGGGAUCCCCUGACAGACCUAGUCAUGCACAGGUCACCCAGAGCGAUGGCGGGGACGCGGCACAGGACCCCAACUUGGACGAGCGUCUGCGAUCGACAGCUGUUCAGCAGAUGCAGACUGACGCCAGGCGUAAGGAUACGGCGGAGAGCUUGCUGCAGUUAGGAACUCUGCUCAUGGAUGGAGGAUCAGCUGACAACAGCAGAUAUUCCGCUGUGUCUGAGUCAUGUCCUGAAACUACAUCCGAACAGGAAGAUGAGGACAACAGAGGAGAUCCGGCACCGCUAAACCUCUCAACGAGAACCCACAACAAAGACAGAAUUAUAUCCGAGCACAGAGAGAGCAGCUCUGACACAGAUGAGCCAACGGGGGCAGAGUUGCCUCUGAACCUCAGUCUUCGCUCUUCGGAUGAUCAUCAGCUGAGCAGGGAUGAAGAAACAUUGGACCAGAGGCAGACAGCGGCGCUCGCACUCUGUCAGCUCUCCAUAGCGAGCACAGCUGCCUCUUCGCGCGACUUUGAGACGGCAGGGGAACUCACAGAGGAUUCCACAGAUCAUGGUGCACCGGGAAAGACAAAGCGCACAACCAGGGCUACCGUGAGAGGUGUGAAACGAUCAAACCAAGCAAAAACACAUCAUAAACCAAACAAGAGAGCAAAAGUGGCAACGCAGAAUGCAAGGAGGAGGCCUCGCUGCUGCUAAACAUGCAAUAUUAUUUUGUAUAAAUUCCAAAAAAGCUUUAAUCUAAUCAGCCUAUUGAACAUCAUUACCGAAGCACUGAAAGACUGUAAAUAAACCACCAGAAACCAGGAAAACAUGUCUAUAGCACUGCCUGUAAGGUAUACUAUGUAAAUAUGUUUUUAUGUACACACAUACACUCACUGGACACAACAUUAGGUACACCUGCAUAAUAUGAGUAAGGUACUCACAUGUUUACUCUUGUGGUUGUAGUUUGCAGUGUUGUUUCUAAUAUUUUGGUUACCUUAUUUAUCAACAUGAGGUGACAAAAUACUGCAUGAAAAAUAUAAUAUUAUUAAAUAUAACAGAUAUAAUCUCAAAACUGAACAUGAUCGUAUUGACUCGUAUAUAAGCAGACCCCUCUUGUCAAGAGCAGUUUAUGGAAAAAUAUGUUUUAAAUCAAAAUCCAUUUUGUUUUUUAAAAUCAAGUUUUAAAUAUCAGUGAAAUUAAAUUCCAUUCAUCAUGUUUCUUAGCUGCUCAAUAUUUGUUUCAACGCUUUUUUCCGGCGGGCCUCUGUGUCGCCUCUCUUUAGUUCACGGUGUGAGUGACAGUAAGAAAAGCUUUGACUCUCUUGGGGGAAAAGCUGUUUGGUGCUACAUGUUGGUUUGAAUAAAUCUGUCGACGUCUUCUUUUUUACACUUUUUUUCUAGGGGAAAAAAAGUCUUAUAUUUAGGUCAUGUACAGUAUUAUCUUUGCAAAGGCAGAAUUUUUGAUAAAGGUCUUGUGCAGGUGUACCUGAUGACUUGCCAGGAAAGGGAAUGUGCAUGUCUUGAUCGGAAAAGGUGACGAGGACUGUUUAUAGGUUAUGUUUACUGUACAUUAAAAUAUGGACCCUUUUUGUGAAGUCCACUUGCAGAAAAACUGAAUAAAGAAAUAUAAAAAUAAUGAUCUAUGCGCAAGUACUGAUGUGCAAGUAAUGGCCGCCUACCAUCUGUCAAUCUGGAGGGCAGCAGUAGGCCUCUCCGUCCAAGUUCCGCAAGAGCCAGACAGCCUCCAUGCCAAGUGUUGUCAGUUUCCUGGAAGCUUUAACGUGAACGCACAAACUGGGUUGAAAAAGAACAACUAGAAGAAAUGUACUAAGACAGCAUGAUGGACAGUACCUGAAGCAGUCCAGCACUGAUGCGACCACCUCAUCUGCUAGCUCCUUUGGAAGCCUCCCCGUCACUCUCCCCACACUUUAUGGGUUAAAAAGACACAACUUUGUCAUUAGAGAAACGCAACACCAAAAAGUAGCAAAAAUGUUUAACUAUUACGAACACUGUUACCCUUUUGCUGCAGACCAACGCACUAUUGUUUCCUUAUCCUUAAGUCCCACCAGCAGAUGCUCUAACAACACAUCCAAGAACACACUGGAUUAUCUACUACAGAGGCUGUGUAACUUGAAACGAACGUAUUAUUUAGAACCUCACCAAUAACGGUCUCUAACUCCUCAGGAAUAUCAUAAUCCUCCUCCACUUGUGUCCCUUUGACGGCUCCGGUCUCUGUUGAGUGAGUGUUGGUCAAAAGAGUGGAUGUUAUGGACCUGCUUCCUCUCUGGUACCUGCAAAAACAUCAAUGCACAAGGAGAAGGAGCACGUGUGUAAUGUUAAAGCUAAGUAGCAGAUACUUUAUUAUCAGGUUUGUGUCUUACCUCCAAGGGGCCAAACGAGGCUUCAGGUAGGUGAGGCCCAGUCUCUGGAUCAGUUUGACGUUGAGCUUCCUCAGCAUGGCCUCACUGCUCUCUGACAGAUGUUUCUGUUCCAGACACUGCAAAACGGUAGGAGCUGGGGAGCAAGGAUGAAAACAGCAAUCAUUUUGAAAAUGCUUAAAUAAUGAAAGAAACAAGAAUAGGGAAAAAAAAAACUCCUAGCAUCCCCUGUUUAGAUAAAACCACAUUUCCAUGAAUUCAAAGGACACCUAACCUGUCUGCAUGCAAAUAGACAGUAUUAUUUGUAUUCACAAAUCUUUGUUACCACAGGCAAGAGCAACCGAACUCAACUCCUUAAACUACAAUGGCACUCAGUGGAGAGCAAAUCCUCGCCGAGGCAUUUUAAGUUGCAUCGGCACCAAACUGUGGUAUAAAAAACAAAAACAAAAUCCUGUCCUGAUUCACAUCAUAAUUGUGACAGUUUGGUGGAAACUGCCUGAGGAGUUUUUGGAUAAUACCCUGUAAGUCUUUAAAUAAUCUAUUUACACUACAAACUUUUGAGCCCCUGGAAAUGGAGGGACUCUGCAUAAAACAAAUGUCAAAUUUGGUGACACCUCUUAAAUUAGAGCUGAAAGUCUACACUUUAAUCACACCUUGAUUAUUAUAUGUCAACUGCAGUCGUGUCCAAAGGCAAAACUCCUAAGGGGAACCUACCGUGCUGUAAGAGGUCGUCACGUUUGCCGUGUUUGAAAAGCGUCGCCUGUUGGAAUACAAACAAGAUGCCGACAAGAAACGGCAAUGUUCAUGAUGCAUUGUACCAAUUAGACAUACAAAAAGCACAUUGUUUUUCAGGGCAGGCCUCAGUUUUGAACACCUGAAGCACUGCUUCACAACAAGAGGAGACGUUAUAGAAACACGUUAUUCAAGUUUACCGCAUAUGCCACAGUGCCAUAAAUACUGUACGCUGACGGACUGACAUCACCUUAGCUAACACAAAGCCAUGUGGCUUCAAUUAAAUUCAAUCACAAUAACUUUGCAUGAGUUCAUUGGCUACAUUGUUAACUAUUGUCUUCAAAUAUGGACACAUAUUGUGAUUGUGAUGUGACCUGAGUGUGUGUUUACCAGGGCCUGAAGAGAUCCAUCCAGCAACAUAAUGGAGUGCACUGACUGGUCAUUUGUUUGGGAUAUAGUGCGAAGGCUCCAUUCCAAAAAGUCUCCAAGGCACUUCUUUUGCACAUCAGGACGUGUCAUGAACCUGAAGAGAACAUGUAGACAUGAGUAAAGAACAUUUCAGAGAGACAGAAAGUCAUUUCCAGCACAACCCUGUCCUCUAGUGGCCACACGGUGCAGUUGAAAGACAUCUACUAGUACAGUAGAUCCAGUGUUUUCUAUUCUUGUGGUGGCCCGUCACCAGUGGCGGAGGCAGAAAUAUUACUCACAUAGGGGUGACAAUGGG